AUAAUAUAGAAAUGGUAAGCAUUCCAUAAUAUAUUGAUCAAAUAUGGCACAUUGAAGGAAAAGUCUUAUAUCGAAGCCUUCAAAAUGGCAUUCUAAUCGAAUGUGCAGUUAUAUUUCGGAUUAAAUCGGAUAACAUAUCCUAUUGUGAGUCAGGAAAAACAUGAGUUAUAUUUUAUAAAUAUCCGGCAGUAUGAGAUGAAUUUAAUAAGGCAGCACACGUACCAGCGGUCAUUUAGUUAUCUAACACUGUUCUGUUAUUACGUUAUCUAAACAACCAAUUAAUGAUUACCAAAUUGUCUUUAACUUAGUGUAUUAAUAUUACGUUGGUAUAGAUGGAUUCAUCUGCGUUGCUUGUCGUUAUUCUAUCAAUUGUCUGCCAGGCGACUGCAUUUAGUUGGUUUCCCCAUUUUCAUGACAAAUGGUUAAGUGACUUUAGUGAUUUUAAAGACAACGAUGUACUGGAUAAUGAUAAAAUAUAUUUUCCUGAUGAUGACGACAGAUGGCAAACAACUAGUACAACCAUGUCACCAGACACAACAGCACGAACUGACAUUCAGAUAGUGACCUGCAUGAAUACGUGUCCCAUGACCCUUGACUACAACCCUGUCUGUGCGAGCGAUGGAGUUACUUUUCAGAACAUUGGACACUUGCUCUGUGCUGUCAAGUGUGGUAUAGAUGUCAGAAUCGAGCGUUUAGGUGCUUGUCCUAAGCCCGAGGGACUAAAGCCUACAGUCUCUCAGAAGCGCUUAAAGGGCUGUAUGGCUGUCUGUCCAACAACUUCGGACGAUAAUCCAGUUUGCGGAACGGAUAAUGUCACUUACAAAAAUGAAGAAAGCCUCUACUGCGCUAAAAUGUGUGGAGCGGGUGUGGAUCUGAAGCGCAAAUCACGGUGUUCAUCAACAAUCACGACAACAACAAUCGCGCCAAAUAAGAAUGUACAGAUACAGAAUUGUAUCUCGGGCUGUCCUGUCACGUCGGAAUACAAUCCUGUCUGCGGCUCCAACUAUGUCACGUAUAAAAACAUCGGGAUGCUACAGUGUGCGAAUUCUUGUGGAAUAGAUGUAAAUGUACUCGCUCACACUGCCUGCUUUCUGCUCACAACGACGCCUCCUCCAUCUACACAACCAGCUCCCCAAGACUCUUUACCAACCACCACAACUCAAUCAACUGCAAAUACCAUUCCGCAAGAAAUUUUGGACAGUAUCUUCAAAAAGCCAGAUAAUGACGAAAUUCCUAACAUCGACCCAAGAAGUAAUCCUGUAAAGGAAUAAAGAAACCUUUGAUUUAUGUA